AUGCUGGGCAUCGUGGAGCUGCUGCUUCUGGGGGCUGCGUGGCUGGCAGGCCCGGCCCGGGGGCAGAAUGAGACGGAGCCCAUCGUGCUGGAGGGCAAGUGCCUGGUGGUGUGCGACUCGAACCCCACGUCCGACCCUACGGGCACAGCUCUGGGCAUCUCUGUGCGCUCCGGCAGCGCCAAGGUGGCUUUCUCUGCCAUCAGGAGCACCAACCAUGAGCCGUCCGAGAUGAGUAACCGCACCAUGAUCAUCUACUUCGACCAGGUACUAGUGAACAUCGGGAACAACUUUGAUUCAGAACGCAGCACUUUCAUCGCCCCUCGAAAAGGGAUCUACAGUUUUAACUUCCACGUGGUAAAAGUCUACAACAGACAGACCAUCCAGGUGAGCCUUAUGUUGAACGGGUGGCCGGUGAUUUCUGCCUUCGCUGGUGACCAGGACGUGACCCGGGAGGCCGCCAGCAACGGAGUCCUGAUCCAAAUGGAAAAAGGCGACCGGGCAUACCUCAAGUUGGAGCGAGGGAACUUGAUGGGGGGCUGGAAGUACUCGACCUUCUCCGGAUUCCUCGUGUUUCCUCUCUGA